AUGACAACAGCAAACAGCCUUUUCGAUCUCAUAAUCGUGGGAUGUGGUCCAGCCGGUAUUGGCGCCGCAAUCGAGCUUCAGAAAAUUCAUCCCACUGCACGCUUCCUCAUUCUCGAGGCUCGAGAUCGGGUAGGUGGCCGCGCCUUUACCGAUACACAUACAUUCGGUGCGAAUGCUCCCGUUGAUCUAGGUGCUCGUUGGCUUUGUCAUCAACAACCAGAUAAUCCUCUGCGUGCUUAUUAUAUUCCAUCGGACAGAGAUUGGCUAGAAUCUGAUAUUUAUGGUAUAUCGAAAAUGGCCAUCUUCGAUGAAGAUGGAACGUCUAUCUCAGAACACUCAAUCGAGCAAGGAAAGAACAUUGUCGAGCAGUUCUUUUCAAACAUCAAACAAUAUCCACCUGAAAAAGCAGAUGUGUCAAUGUUUGACGUAAUCCAUGACGAAUAUAUGAAAAUCGAGAGCGAACAAAUGCGGCGCCUCGUCAGUAUGUGGCUUGGUUUUACCGAAAACCACGAAGCUUCAAAUUUGGCUGAACUCUCUGCCAAAUGUUAUACAAAAGGAGAAGGUGGUCUCGACGAAUGUGAUCUCGCUGUUGCCGAUGGAUUGGGCUCAUUUAUCAAGCAAAUAGUCGACCGGCAUAAUCUUCCCAUUAAGCUCAAUGCUAUCGUCACUCAUAUCGAUACUUCGACUCAAUCCGACGGACUUGUUCAUGUCUCGACGCAAGAUGAUCGUCACUAUUGUUGCAAAUACGUUCUUGUUACUGUACCACUCGGCUGUUUGAAAGCAGGCUCGGUUGCUUUCACGCCACCACUACCCGACUGGAAGCAAGCAGCCAUUAACAAGAUGGGUUUUGGCUUGUUGAACAAAGUCUAUCUUCAAUUUUCAUCCGUUUUCUGGGAUCGAAAAUUAGAGAGAAUUAGUGUUGCCUCAAAUCGAUUCAAAUUUUAUUUCUGUAUGCCCGAAGCUUGUAUUCUGUCUUUGCACAUUGCUGGUAGCGUGGCUCGUGAAUUAGAACAGCAAAGUGAUGAAGAAAUUGUUGGGCAAGUGGUCAUUUCUCUUCGUCGAAUAUAUCCGCUAAUGACCGAUCCCACCAAGUGGCUGGUGACACGGUGGGGAUGUGAUCCGUUCUCUCGUGGAUCAUACGCCAGUUUUCACGUUGGAACCGAUGUUGAAAUUUUGAAGGAGUUAGCAAGAGAAUCUCAUGACGGUCUUGUACAAUGGGCGGGUGAGCACACGAAUUAUGAUGGAUCGAUUGGAUAUGUCGACAGUGGCUUUGAAAGUGGACAACGUGAAGCCAGACGCAUUCAAAAGAAACUUGAACAGUCGACGUAA